GGAUAGGCGGCCACAUCAAAGGGACGGAGCUGAAAACAUUUUACACAGGCACAUAACAGAAAUGUUCGCGACUGUAGAGGCCAUACCUCAGCAGUCUUUGUUGUUAUGAAUAGCAACAGUCAAUCCGAUGAGAGCUAGUCUGCUCAUCGAUGAAGAGGGAAAUAAUACAUUUUCGUUUGGUGUUCUCGUGUGGAUGAACAAGGACAGUUUCUUACACAAACAGUAUCUGAGAAGCGCUCGCUGAGCAACAGCACUACACGGGCUGACCGUACUCACAGACCAACCCCAUACGGAUACACAUACGGACAACGGGACGGACUGGCUGGCCGACCUACUCAAGUAUCAUUGCACAGACGCCUAGAUUACUGACUAGAACUUUAAAUCAAUCAUAAUCAGCCUUCAGGACAAGCAGCAUAAUCAGACUUAGUGCUUUGCUGCCCAUUGGGGGUUACCCUAAACAGGAAUUACACAGUUAAUCGUCUCUGGAGAACGAGAAAUGUGGUAGGAGUGCAUUGCGCGAACUGCAAGGUGCCCGUAGCCGCGCGAUGUAACGGGCUUUCUGAUUGGUCCGAUGGCGGAGCUCGUGCUCUGGUGCUGCUAAUUGGGCGCUAUUAGAAUGAAUGUCUUUACGUAGUGCAUUCAUGGCGGAUUCAAAACGUGUAGUGGGGAGUCGCUAACAUCCUGUCAUAAAUAAGAUAGAUCUAACAAGUUUUGACCAUGCCGCAUGUCAAUUCUAGCGGCGGAGAAGAUUUGGCAUCAUCGGACGAAGUAAAGGUGUACAAAGAUGAGGGAGAGGAGGAGAAAAAAUCGUCUGAAAAUCUAUCGGAGGAUAAGCUGGGUCUAGUUACAGAGACUGAGGAGGACAAACACCAUAGUUUAGCUGGGCAGGGGUACCCAGGCGGCGAAAAACACGGCAAUGGUCGACAAGACGAUAAAAAUGUGAUACCUCCUCACCCAGCAGACCGGGGCGGCAUCGGUCAUGUGUAUAUGGGUCUGCCCUACCACUACCCUAAUGGGGCCUCAGUUCCCUCUAGUCUGGGAGCCAAGGUCUCAAUGGUCCAGCCCCCAUACCCUCAGUUUAUGGUAUAUAACAAUGAACAUUUCACAUCCCCUCCACCUGCACACAUGGGUAUACCACCCGUUCACAUAGACCCCAAAACAGUAUUUCCCUAUUUAUCACCAGGGUUGCCACGGCCGCCCAUGUACGCCCUCCCUCCACCCGGGCAGUUUCCACAUCCUGUAUUUAGUCCAGAUUUUUCUCAAGUGCAAUGCUAUCGCCCUCCAGGGUACCCCAUCACCUCCAGUGCCUUGGGCUCGCCGUACCCCCCAUCAUUAAUGACCUCAUCACCAUUGUCACGGUUUGCACCACCUGGUCUCAUCACUCCACCAGUACAUCAUGGCAUCAAUCAUCCAGCAAUAGUCACGCCGGGACCAAAACAAGAUUUAUUACAACCGUCUCUUAGCCAAGAAAACCACAGGCAUGGUGGCCCCCAUGAUUCUGGCAACCAACAGUCCACACCUGAGCCGGAAAGGAAAAAGCCCCAUAUAAAGAAACCUUUAAAUGCAUUUAUGUUAUUUAUGAAAGAGAUGAGGGCAAAGGUUGUAGCGGAGUGCACAUUAAAAGAAUCAGCAGCCAUCAAUCAGAUACUAGGUAGACGGUGGCAUGCCUUGGAUAGAUCAGAACAAGCAAAGUAUUAUGAAAUGGCGAGGAAGGAGAAAGAACUCCACAUGCAACUCUACCCAGGCUGGAGCGCUAGAGAUAACUAUGCCAGUCAUACAAAGAAAAAGAAGAGGAAAAAGGAAGGCCCUGGAGAAACCAAAGAUAGCCUAAUCCUUGGGAACGGAACGUCGGAAUGUACAAAUCCAAAGAAGUGUCGAGCAAGAUUUGGAGUGGAUGGUCAGAGUCAGUGGUGCAAACCAUGCAGAAGGAAAAAGAAGUGCAUUCGGUUUCUCCAGGGGGAGGAUGGUUACGGGAGCUCGGACUGUGAUGAGGAUAUGUGUAGUUAUGGGGGAAUGGAUUCGAUUCAUGGAGAUAGUGACUCUAAUAUGGGCAGCCCCCAGCCCUCUCUAUUUACGGGCCAGGAGGCAGGUCAGGACAUGUGUGGGGACGGCUCCCUGAAUGGUGGCUCCCCAGCCCCACCCCUCACCAGGGCGUCCCCGCUACACCACACAAACCUCAUGAUGGACACUAAACCCUCCUUCACAUAACACAAACUCUCGCAGAUGUAGUCUGUGAUCAUUUCCCCAAUCUCACUCUGUGACGAGGAACACUUUCCCUAGAUAGGGCACGUGUGCUCAAAGGUGUGACCCGGCUAACGAGAACUCUACCUGGUGAACAGUACUGCAGGGUGCGCGAAAUUGGCUACCUGGUGGAGACCAACAACAGGUGAGCCAGAUCUAUCAUCUUAUGGACACCACAGACAGGUGAGCCAGAUCUGCUACCUGAUGGACACCAAGGACAAGUGAGCCAGAUCUGCUACCUGAUGGACACUAAGGACUGGUGAGCCAGAUAUGCUACCUGAUGGACACCAAGGACGGGUGAGUCAGAUCUGCUACCUGAUGGACACCAAGGACAGGUGAGCCAGAUCUGCUACCUGAUGGACAAUAAGGGUAGAUGAGCCAGAUCUUCUGCCUGGUGGACCCAGACAGGUGGGCUAAAUCUGCCACCUGGUGGACGCCAAGGACUGGUGGACACGGGGCAGGUGAGCCAGAUCUUUGCUGAGAUUGACAGAUAUCACCUAUUGGACACGUGUCAGAUGUAUACAGCUCUAGCACAAGCACCUGUUAACCAGCUGACUAGUCAGUCACCGAUGAACUCAAGGACUAUAUGUGUGGUAACAUAUACCACGUGGUCACAUAUACCACAUGGGCAUAAUAGCUGCAGUGGCCAGUAGCUGCUGUGACUGCCACUACCUAUGCUGACCAUUGAUGACCUGCAGUCUAUUUUUCACCACACAGACUUUGGCAGCCAUAAUGUGUGGCCAAAUGUUAGAAGGCAGCUAUUCACUUCUCCAUGUUAUGACAAUGUGAACCUUCUGUCCAAGGAGAAUAGAAUACAGUAAAACUUUGGGAUGGGACAUUUUGCUGAUGCAGUUUAUCAUGUGUGUCGAUGAAACGUUGUAGUCUGCUGACUGAUUUGAUCAUCAUCUGCAAUGAGAACUGAUCAGACUUGUUACAACUUUAUCACAUUAGCAGAGAAGACUAUACAAAUAUGAUUAUGUAGUUGAAUAUAAAAAAUUCAAAAUCUGUUAUGGCUAUGAUCUAGUUUGUUCCCUGAAGUCUUGUGCUGAUUAAAUGCUUUGAAUUCUGUAUUUCUGGGAUUUAUACGCUCUGUAUCUUACUUUCUCAUAGAUAUCAGAUUAUUGUUAGCUCAAUACACUAGCCAACAUCAGCUGAAACACUGCCUCAAUACUACAAAAUUUGUCUAGGUUAGGCCUGAUUGUAAACAGAUUAUUCCAUUUCUGUCGUAAAUUUUUUGCUUUUGUUUUCUCUUGUAUAAUUUUUUUUUAUUGUAUCAAGAUUAAAAUUUUCUUUUGUCUAUGGUGGAUAGUGAUUUCACAGCUUGACGUUUCUCAGAAUCAGGUGGUAAUCUCCAGUCCCAUCCCAUAAUGUUGCUGUAGUGGUCAGAGAUGGAUAUUAUUAUAGUGCUGUUGUACAGAAAGCUCGACAUGGUAUGGCGUCCCAUGGAUGUUGUUGUUGUAAUGUAACAGGAACUCCUCAUGCCACCUGGCUGGCACAUUUUUGUGUUGAUACUGGUGUACAUUUUUUAACCGUGAUAAUACGUGUAGAUUGUGGUUGGUUCAUCUGUACAUAGAACAUUGGAAAGUAGAGUUUAUAUUUUCCACAAAUGUAACUAUCAUGGUGGCUACAUGUGUGACCAGUGUGAUGUGUAAAUGAGAUGUGAGAAGGAGUGAAUGAGAUGUAUGAGAGGCCCAUGUUUUAUAGUCGACCAUCAACUUGCAUGGUCUAGAAAGCUUUUAUUGGAAUUAUAAACAAUUGUUUUUCACUUGAUUUGUUAAAAUUGAGGCAGGACUAAAUACUCAUUUGCUAGUUCAUCCACAGUGUUGUAGUUGUGCCUAUUUACUCUAUAACCUUCAUGUUAGACUACACGAAUGUAAUGUGUAGAUCUGAUCUUUAGUCCCUCAUCUAUCUCAGACUCUUCUCAUAUUAUAGACAUCUCACUGUCAUUGUAUGACAUACACACUGUUUCAUUGAUUAUAUUGCUAUCUCAAAGAUGCCAUAAUGUUGUGAAGAGGUGUGUAUAUAAAUAACAGAUUGUGUAGGCCAGGCCUAGUCUCAUCACACUAGCUACUUAACACUUUUGUUUUUGAACUAGUGUCUGUUUUUAUAUGUGUCAUAAAUGUCAUAUUUUAACACUCAUUUCAUGAGAUUUUAUCACUGAAAAAAAAAACCCUUCAUAGUCCUGCCAAAACGUGUAUUUCCUUAUAAGAGAAAUAAGAAAUCAAAUUUCUUAUGUGAAGUGACCUUGAAAAUAGAGAGACUAUACAACAUAAUUGUUCUUGAAGUGAGAAUCAUUUGCAUGGCAAAUUCAUAUCGAUGAUACCAGUAUGAGCAGAGUAGUGACUAGUGCUAUAGUUGUAAGUUGAUACCUUCUCUGUAAUGUCUAGUCUAACAGUGUCCUUUCUGUUAUUGUACAUCAGUACGUGUAACAUCUUCUAGAUAAAUUAGAAGUUUUAAAAAAAAACAUUGCUAAAGUUCUCUAGCAUAGCUUAAUACUAAAAAAGAGUUUGUUAAUUGCUGUUUGCAGAUUUUAUUCUAGUCUAGUCAAGAUUCUUUUUUUAUUCAGCCCGCUGAUGUUGUUGCAACAAAAUCUCUGUCAAGGAAAUGUUUUGAAAUGAAGGUCCAAUUCUCAUGAUUAUUUCUUUGUAUCAGGCUUGAUAUCUGUUGUUCUGUUUUGCGUAGACCGUAUUGGACAGUACACAAUUUCAGAAAGGAUAAAUAAAGGUUCAUAUAAAGUUGUUCUUAAAAAGGA